CGUGAGUAUUUGUAUACAUAUUUGUACGUAGCUAAAGAAAACAAAAAAGCGAGUGGGGAUGUUGUGAUGCCUUGAUGUACAUACUAGAAAAGAAAUAAGAAAAAAGUUUAAACAAGUAGCAAUUAAAAUAUGGCCAUGGAGUGGACACGUGAAAAGACAUUAGCUUUGAUACAGGAGUAUCGUAAAAGACGCGGUCUAUGGGAUAUGACACAUGAGGAUUAUCGCAAGAAAGAUGUAAAACAGAAACUGCUAGUUGAGGUUUCCGAAACACUGGGCGGUAAUAUACCCAUAAUGGAAAUUGAAAAGAAAUUCCAUACAUUGCGCACCCAAUAUCAUCGUGAAAUAAAUCGCAUGAAAAGAAAGGAACCGUACAACUCGAAAUGGUUUGGUUUUAAAUAUUUACAAUUUUUAAGUUCACCGAAAGCAUGUCGCUCCAAUAAAGGGCGCAUUAAGGCCGAGAUUACCGAAGAGGGAACAGUGACGACAAAGUUCAUUAUACGGGAAGCCAUACAGCCUGUCAAUGACACAAGCAUGGGCUCUGGCAACGAAAAUGAAGAAUUUCUCACGUUACCUCGGAGAUCAACGGCAAUUUCCUAUGAGGCGGUUCCGGCAAGUGCGGCAACAUCAACAGCUUCCAGUCGUUCACAUGAAUUGGAAAAGUUAAUAGAGGAGACAACAAAAGAUGUAGAGGAAAUAGAGGAUGCUAAACCAAAAAUGAAUAUAAAAGAAAUCAGUUUACCGAUGGAACAUCAUCAUCAGCAACAUCAUGCCGACACUUAUACAGGUGGCGGGGAACUUCAAAUAAGUAACGUCGAAAGCGAACAUCAAGAGCUACAUCAUAUUGAAGAUGUAGAGGGGAAUAUGGACGCAAUGGGCAUGCAACAUCAUAUGGCAUCAGAUGAGGAACUUAAUUAUCAAACAACAUCAUCAAAUCAUGGGGUUUCCUCUGCUGUCUCCAGCAUAAAUGCUGGUCACACACAAUCCUCCACCACAACGGUACAUACCAUACCGGCACGUAUAAUAAAGAUCCAAAGAAGAGAUACACAUCACGACAACAAUGACUACUAUGAACACCAACAUCAUGCUCAGCAACAGCAUCAUCACCAUCAACAUUUGCAGCAGCAACACCAACAUCAGCAACAACAUCAUAUACAAACAGUAUCGCCAUCAGGUGGCGCAACAACAACCAAACGUAUUUAUUACGAUCCAUCAACGCAUCAUACAACCACAAUAUUGACAGCUACUCCCUCGCAGCAACAAUCAGGAGUUAGUUUACUAAGUGCUUCCUCACCAUCCAUAAACACAUCGCCAACUAAUUCCAAACUUCAUUUACGUAAUAGCUUAGCUGUUGCAGCUGCCUCAUCUGGUGUCAACUCCUCCAACAGCCCAUUAAACAAUUCCGCCCUAAACUCAUCAUCUGCAGUCACGUCUGCUUUGCGUGAUGAAUUUACAACUUACGGAGAAUAUGUUGCCAAUGAAAUGCGUGAAAUUAAAAGUCGAGAAAUAUUGCUCACAUUGAAGCAUAAAAUUAAUACCGCUCUCUUUGAGGCAAAUAUGCAAGAAUUACAAAAAUAAAUAUUUAUAUAUAAAUAGUGUUAAUGAUCGAUGCAAUUAGAUGUUUAAGAUAGAAAAAUUUAAGAUUUUUCUUUUUAACAUUCGUUUUUAAGUUUUACUCCUUAUACUACUUCCUUAAAAGGCGGUUCUUUUAUGUAAUACAUAAUAAAAGAUUUUUCUCUAUAAAAUAGAA